CAAAAGAAAGAUCUUCCAGAGACAAAGAACGAUCAAAAGAUAGUGACAGAACAUCACGUGACAAAGACAGAAGUUCAAGAGAGAGGUCACCCCGAGAGCAGAAAGACAGGAAACGUUCCUAUGAAAGUGCUAAUGGACGAUCAGAAGACCGGAGAAGCUCAGAAGAGCGUGAAGCAGGGGAGAUAUAACCGUGGCUGUACAUUCACCUGAUCUCUAGCUUCCUAUGGAGUUGCAUACUAUGGUUUAGUUUACAAUUUAAAGGGACACCAUUGAGCAGUUCCAGACACUGAUCCAACUAGGGUAGAUGUACAGUAUAUAAAAGCGGUUAUAACCAACUAUAAAUUUAAAUCCUCUUCAAUUGAUGCCUAAAGCUGUGUCCUUGAUUCCACCAAGAUGUAAAACUUUUUUGAAAGAUUUAUCUCUGUUCAGGACAACAGUUUUAUGUACCAUGGUGCGAUCUCAAUGUUUUAAUCUCCUUUUAAGUACAAGUUAAAUAGUGAACAAAUUAUAUUGUACUUCUUGCCUUGGGUGCUCUCAAACCUUUAUAAAAUUCUCCAAUUCUGUUCCAGUCCAAACAGCCGCAUUGAAAGGUUUUGUUUUUUGUUUUGUUUUAAGAGGGUGGGUGGGUACUAAACUUUUAUUCUAAGGUUAUCUUCCCAGCAGUAGUAUGGGAACCUAGGAGUUGGUUACAGGGGGAGCAUUUAGACUGGAAUAUGUGCUGGAGAAUGCUGAAAUGUCAUUUUUUACAGUGCCUAUUUAGACUUGGAAAUUGAGCAGCUGUUGCAUUACAUCUUUACUUUUACUAAAAUUCUGAAAUCAAAGCCAGUCCCACAUCUCUGUACCAUUCAUUUGGUAUGUGUUUAGUAUAUCGGGGUUUUUUCCAUAAAAACUUUUUUCUGCUUUUUCUUGUGGGGUGUAAACUGCACAUCCUUAAUUGUAAUAAAAUAAAAAUAAAAAAGGAAAUGUCUUGUCCAGUAAAUCAAAUUGAGCACAUCGAUUUCUCAAGUUAUGUGCUGCUAAUUGUAUUUCUCUUAACAGGUCAGUCAAAGGUGGAGAAUAAAAAACAGUUCCGAACCCUCUCAUUUGGAGGAAUUCAUUUAAAAUACACGUCUCUGUACUACUGAAGAAGAUGUCUAGUGAAACAUAAGUUAAAUCGUCAUGAUUUGAAGGUGGCAAAGAUCAUGUUCUUUGUGAGAAUUAUUCAACCCAGGUAUGUAUAAAAUUCCGCCUUCGGUUCCCAAGAGUGGCACAGUUAACUUCUUGUGGUAAGCUGUUCUGUAGCAUUGCUGUACAAUAUGCACAUUUCAUCCCAAGGUUGCUAAGAAAGUGAAAUGCUUGUGAUCCUUCAAGAUGAAAGGCACUGCAAGAUCAAAAAUAAUUCUUGCUUGGUGGCAGCAGAGAUGAACCAUUUUACAUAGGCGACAUGGUGCUGAUACGUUACUUCUUUUUUUUCUUUCCUUUGGUACUGUACGCACGAGCAGCCAAAUAAAGAAUUCAGACCACCGUUCAGUUUGGACCCCACUACAGCAUACUGCCUCAAUUUGUUGCUGUUGGGAUCAUGUCCAUGAGCAGUGAAAUCCCUUGGAAUUAGAGCCCUCACAUGGAAAUGCGUUUCACAUAUAGCUUUUGUCUGAAAUGAACAAGUUGACUCGUACAACUGGCAUUCACACAACAGAGGUGAAAUUGAGGCUCCACCAACCAAGCACCCAAACUCAGGUGGAAUGGAGAUGAGACAAAUGAUGGCAGAAGUGGUAAACAUAGUCAGAUCAAAGCCUGACAGACAUGAAAUCAAAGCUCAGUUUGACCACUUGCCUGAAGAACUUCAGUGUGUGACGGGAAGUGCUAGCCAAUGUUUCAUCACGGUCAGCCGAGAAAAAUGUCAUGAGAAGGAGGAAGAGUAUAGAAAGCUGAAGGAGGAAAACAAAGCCUUACAGGAAAAAUUUCAGUCAGUCUUGGCCAAGACCGUGAGAAGUCACAGGUCCUCUGAGGACCUGAAUGACCCAAGUCGAGAGUCGGCUGUGUUGGAGAGAGAUCACAUGCUUCAGACACAAGAGUGGGCAAAAGCCAAAUAUGCCACAAGCAGCUCCUUCUUUCCUUUGAGGAAUACCAAUAGCGGGACCAUAAUUCAGAUGGUGUUUUCCAAAUGUGAAGAAAAUAUUAAAAAUAAGUUGGCUCGAAUCUCCAGCUUCCUUCAGUGUCCUGCUCUGACUGAAGCCAGUGGCGCCACCAGCAGCAAACAGACCUCUGAGCUGGUAAGAGAGAUAAGGAAUCACCUUAGAAAUCUCUAUUUUAACUACUCAGAAGCCAUAUACAGACAAUGGGGUGAGGCUGCUCUUCCUGAUGACAUGGAGAAGUCAGAGGCAGUUGUAAAGUUUGCAGCAGAGUGCUACAGAGUUUACUCUUUGUUGUUUCUUCAGAACCCACCCAUUACAGCUGUGUGGCCCAAAGAGCCAGUCUCACCACUUUACAUACAACACGUGGACUUAAAGAAAUUGGAGGGCACUAAAUCAAGAAAAUUUCUGUGGCCAAUACUGUUUUCUGAGGGAAACAUGAUUAAGAAUGGUGUAGUAUAUGAUUAAAAGUAGCAAGUGUUUCCAGUAUAACAGCUGUUUACAGUAAAACAUUCAGGCAUAAAGAAUAGAAAAAAAGAAUAGAAUAGAAAAUAGAAAAAAAAUAGACUAGAAAAUAGAAAAAAAUAGAAAAAAUAGAAAAAAAAUUAGAAAAAAAAUAGAAAAAAAGAAUAGAAAGAGGGUGAACCAGCAGUCUUGCAGUGUGUGCCCCUCUCGCUGAGGAAAUGCCUGAACCUUAGCUUUGCUACUAAAAAUACCCUUGAAUAGGGACAUGUAAGAGGGUUUGGUAUUUAUUAGAAGUCUUCAGAUAUCUCAUGAAAAAUGUUCUUCCUUGAAAUAACUGUACUCCUGCCUGUCUCCGAAUUGCUUGUUCCUUACUGUUUUUAAGCACUCCUUGCAUGCAAACAAUUUCUUUGUUAAAAAAAAAAAAA